GGGCUGUGGGGGCUGUGAAUGCUGCUGGACCUGGUGGGAUUCGGGGCUGAUCCGCAAAGGAACUCCCCCAUCCCAAGAUGAAGCUGCUCUUUGUUGGGCUGGCCCUUGUCCUGUGCAUUGGAGUGGUUGAAGCUCUUCAGUGCAAGGUCUGCAAAUACAAAAUCCCCUACGUUGGGUGCUUCCAUGGGGCCAACGAGACCACCUGCGAGCGGAGGGAGAGAUGUGCCAUCAUCAAAACCUCCCUCGGGAAGGUGACCCUCUAUUACCAACAAGGCUGCACCUCUGCCCUGAACUGUGGCAGGGAGAGGGCAUCAGACGCGGAAUCCCGUUUGACAUCCCGGUAUUCCUGCUGCGAGACCGACCUGUGCAACGAGAAGUGGGAUGAUGACCCCACAGAUUAAUCCCCAUGGGGUCAGGAUGGGGUCCACCAACGUGGUCCAGCCCUUUCCAUGCCCAAUGGGGUCCAACAGCAUGGCCCAACCCUUUCCGUGCUGCGAGUCCUGCACCAAACUUUGACUAUUUUGCCCUAAAUCAGGAUGUUUGGACCCAACCUGCCUGCAGGGCUCCCCUGUGUGCCUGGCCUGAUUCUGUUCCAGCCCUUGCAAUAAACCAGCUGUCAAUCACAGGCCCUGUGAAA